AUGACUUGGGAGGAAACCGCAAAGGCGAAAAAGAAUAAAGUUGACUCGGGGAUUCCAAAAGAAUGGUCAUUGAAAUCGAUUCCUAACUCGGAAGAGCUUAGAAGCACAAAUGAGUAUAUCGAAGGGAAACUUAAUGGACUGGAAGUGAAGAUUACAAAUUCUACGAUCGUUCAAUUAAGUGAACAAAUUUCCUUGGGCAACCUUUCGGCACUCGAGGUGACAAGGGCAUUCUGUCAUAGGGCUGCCUUAGCUCACCAGCUUACAACUUGUUGUAGUGAGAUAUUUUUUGAAAGAGCUUACAAGAAGGCGGAAGAACUUGAUGAGUAUUUUAGAAAGAAUGGGAAGACUGUAGGACCACUUCAUGGGGUGCCCAUUUCUCUUAAGGAUCAGGUCAACUUAGAAGGCAUAGACUCGGCCAUUGGAUAUGUAUCCCUCGUAAACAAACCUAAAACUAAAGAUGAAGUUUCCAACAUUGCCAAGAUCUUGGAAGAUGCUGGUGCAGUAUUUUAUGUUAAGACCACCACUUCCAUGGCCAUGGUCUCAUGUUGUACCUCUUCCAACAUAUAUGGGGUUACUUUGAAUCCAUUCAAUCGUAAUCUUUCCAGUGGUGGAUCUUCCGGCGGUGAAGGGGCACUAGUUGGUGCUAAGGGUUCACCACUUGGAUUUGGAACUGAUAUCGGAGGUAGUAUAAGAAUUCCAUCUACUUUCCAGGGGUUAUUUGGAUUAAGGGGAUGUUCUAAUCGUCUUCCAUAUUGUAACGUAACAAACUCAUUUGCUCACGCACCAGUUCUUGCUUCUGUCAUUGGCCCAAUGGCUCGUGAUUUAGAUGAUUUGAAACUUGUCACCAAGUUAAUUAUUGACUCUAAGCCUUGGGUAUAUGACCCUAAAGUCCCACCAAUCCCAUGGAGAGAAGUUGUCGAUUACCCCAAAAAGUUAAGCUUUGGGAUUAUUACUGGGAAUGGAGAGUCCAAGCUUCAUCCACCAGUUCGAAGAGCAUUAGAGUUAGCCAGACAAGCAUUGAUAUCACAAGGCCAUGAAGUAAUUGAGUGGAAGCCACCAUUAUCGUUAAGUGAAUGUAGAGAUUUGGCUGGAAUAAUCUUUGGAACUGAUGGAUAUCAAGAAAUUGCAGAUGAAUGUGCCAAUUCUGGAGAGCCAAUCAUGGAAGAAGUUUUAAGCUUUGGUGGAGGUGGAGAUACACUUCCCCCAGGUAUUUCACAUAUUCAUGAGUAUUGGGAAAUGGGAAAAUUUAGAUAUGAAUACCAACAGAAAGUAGAUGAGUACUGGCUAUCCACAGCAUCGCAAACAUCUACGGGGAGACCUAUAGAUGGAAUAAUUUCGCCAAUUUGGGAAUCAUGCUCUUUUAAAGCGGAGGAUAUUGGUUUAUUUAGUCUAUGCUACACAGAUACUUUCAAUAUUUUGGAUUACAGUUCUAUUACUGUGCCUAUCACUACUGCCGACAAAGAUAUUGAUUUGAAAGACAGUUCAUAUGACCCGAUAAGUGACCACGAUAAGGCAAUUCAAGAUUAUUAUGACGCCGAACUUUACCAUGGCACCCCAGCGGGCGUUCAGAUGAUCACUCCAAGGUACGAAGAAGAGAGAGCGAUCCAUCUUGCAAGUGUAUUGAGAGAUUCACUCAAAUAG